AUGGCAAUAGGGAAUCACUCUGCUGUGACUAAAUUCUUUCUGGUGGGGCUUUCCCAAUACCCAGAGCUCCAGCUUUCUCUGUUCGUGCUCUGCCUCAUCAUGUACCUGAUAAUCCUCCUAGGAAACAGCCUCCUCAUUAUCAUCAGCAUCCAAGAUUCCCACCUCCACACCCCUAUGUACUUCUUCCUUGGAAACCUCUCAUUCUUGGACAUCUGUUAUACAUCAUCAUCCAUUCCUCAAAUGCUCAUCACAUUUAGAUCUGAGAGAAAAUCCGUCUCUUUCAUUGGCUGUGCACUGCAGAUGGUUGUCUCACUUGGUUUGGGCUCCACCGAAUGUGUUCUCCUCGCUGUGAUGGCCUAUGAUAGAUAUGUGGCCAUCUGCAACCCACUGAGGUACCCAAUCGUCAUGAACAGGAUACUAUGUGUGCACAUGGCCUCAUAGUCCUGGAUCAUAGGCUGUCUGAACUCCCUAGUACAAAAGCUGACAAUGGUGUUACCUUUCUGUGGGAAUAAUGUCAUUGAUCAUAUUACUUGUGAAAUUCUAGCUCUUCUUAAACUUAUCUGCUCAGAUAUCACCAUCAAUGUAUUUAUCAUGACAGUGACAAGUACUGUUUUACUAAUGAUUCCUCUGCUGUUAAUUUUUAUCUCUUAUGUUUUUAUUCUAUCUUCCACACUGAGAAUUAAUUCUGCUGAGGGAAGAAAGAAAGCCUUUUUGACCUGUUCGGCUCACCUGACUGUUGUAAUCUUAUUCUAUGGUUCAGCCCUUUUUAUGUACAUGAAGCCCAAGUCAACAGACACGAAGACAUCUGAUGAGAUCAUUGGGCUGUCUUAUGGAGUGGUGACCCCAAUGUUGAAUCCAAUCAUCUAUAGCCUGAGCAACAAGGAGGUAAAAGAGGCUGUGAUGAAAGUCUUGAGUAGAUACCUACAUCUAUGGAAAAUAUGA